AUGGGAAAACCAGUGCCAAGAACCUCGGCGCUCGUCGUUUCGGCAAUCCGAAAACUGCGAGAGGCCCAAGGUUCCACUUCGCGGGAGAUAAUGAAUUACAUAACCACGGAAUAUGACGUCAUCAAGCCGACAGUUAAACGACAACUGCAAGCGGCGCUGAAGCGAGGAGUAGAGUACGGAAUACUGACGCGUAAACACGGCCACUAUACCCUGAGCACUGAUGCCUGUAGGGUUCCAAUGACUAUGGGGGGUGAAGGAGGGCUGGUUGAGAGCUGCGGAAGGAAGCGACGCAAGUACCGGAAGUGCAAGAAGACACGGCGAUGCGCCCGUGGCUGUGUCCGGAGGCGGCGGAAAGAAAAGUGCGGCAAAAAGGGGAGGAGGAGGAGAAGCCGACGAAGGCGAUGCGGCAAACGCCACCCGACUCUCGAGCCCGAUAACUUGGCUUUGGACUGUAGAACCAGAAACGAGAUGAACGCCGAAAGAAGCGAGCACAGCAACAGAAGUCGAAGCAGUAACAGUCAUAGUCGCAACCGUAGUCACAGCGUGCAUUCUACUCGCACUGGCGGUAGAGAGAAAAGCCUGGAUCGACGUGAGAAGCAAGUUGAAUAA